AUGGCGUCGACGGGGCUCCGGGUCCUGGCGCUGGCCUUGUGGGCGAGCGGCGUCGGGGCUCGGGCGGACGGGCGCAAGCCGGCCCGGGCGCCCCUCGUCCCCCAGCGGCCCUUCGCGGUGAUGUGGAACGCUCCCACCGAGCCGUGCCGCCUGCGCUUCCGGGUGGACUUGGACCUGAGCGUCUUUGACAUCGUGGCCAACCUCAACGAAACCCUGAGCGGACCCAACGUGACCAUCUUCUACCACGGCCACCUGGGCUACUAUCCGUACUACUCCGACUCGGGCCUCCCCGUCAACGGCGGUCUACCGCAAAACCAGAGCCUCUCCAAGCACCUGGGCAAGGCCCGCGGCGACAUCGACAAAGUCAUCCCUCACAAGGACUUCCGAGGCUUGGGCGUCAUCGACUGGGAGAACUGGAGGCCCCAGUGGGUGCGCAACUGGGGCGGCAAGGACAUCUACCGCAACAAGUCCAAGGAACGCAUCCGCCGGCUGCACCCCGGCUGGCCGGAGAGCAAAGUGGAGAAGGAGGCCAAGGAGAGCUUCGAGAAAGCCGGUCGCGACUUCAUGAAUCUGACUCUGGCCUUGGCGCGGGCCCGCCGGCCGCACGGCUUGUGGGGCUUCUACCUGUUCCCCGACUGCUACAACUACGGCUACAAGCAACGCCCGCGGCGCUACACCGGCGAGUGUCCCAACGUGGAGCACGUGCGCAACGACCACCUCAUGUGGUUGUGGAAGGAGAGCACCGCCCUCUACCCGUCCGUCUACCUGGACUACGAGCUCAGGUCCUCGCCCAACGCCCUCAAGUUCGUCCACUUCCGGGUCAAGGAGGCCAUGAGGAUCGCCUCCAUCGCCCGGCCGGACGUCACCUUGCCGGUUUUUGUCUACUCCAGACCUUUCUACGCCUACACCUUUGCGGUUCUGACGCAAAGCGACCUGGUGCGCACCAUCGGUGAGAGCGCCGCCCUCGGAGCGUCCGGCGUUGUCCUCUGGGGAUCGUCCGAGUACGCCAGAUCGCAGCGCAACUGUCUGACGGUGAAGAAGUACAUCGACGGCCCUCUGGGCCACUACGUGGUCAACGUGACCUCGGCCGCCAGGCUGUGCAGCAAAGCCCUGUGCAAGAAGAACGGACGCUGCGUGCGCAAGAGCCUGGACUCGGGCGCCUACCUGCACCUCAACCCGCGACGCUUCAGCGUGCGGCGGGCGGCGGCGGGGGCGGGGCCCGGCUUCCGCGUCAGCGGCCAAUUGAGCCGCCAAGACGUCUUAGACAUGAAGCACAAGUUCACCUGCCAGUGCUACCGGGGCUGGAGCGGCAUCCACUGCGAGGUGCCCCAGGUGGUGCCGCCGCCGCCCCCGCCGGCGGCCGGCAGUCUGCUAGCCGGCGUCCGGGUCCUCCUGUCGCUUCACUUCUCCUGCCUGUGCAUCAUCGCGCUUUCGGCCGUCUGUCUUCUCCUCAAGUGUCUCUUUGUCUAAAAAU